AUGAAGCUCCAUCACCGAGCUCUCCUCCUGGCCCUCGCCUCCAGUGUACGGAUAGCAGCCCAGUCGAUCGAGCUCUCAGCCACAUCAGACCUCACCUUUGUUGAGGGCACGAGGACAGCCAGACUCACCAAGCAGACCGCUCCUCCCACUGGCGCCUACACUACAUACGCCUCUAAGAUCACGCUCAUCGGGUCCAGUAACACCGAGGACGAUGGCUUCACUAGCACACUUACCGGCCUGUUUCCCACCACAGACAUCACUACCGCAACCAACUUGACCGAGUCCGAGACAGGUACCGCGACUACCAAUGGCACCGAGACGGGAACAUCGACCACCACCAAGGCAAAGCCCACAAACACUCAGGCCUGCAACAACUAUGUCGAGCUGUGCAAGCGCAAAUACAGCAACAUCACUAUGAUCGGAUGUCAUAACUCACCAUUUGUGAGACCCGGAAACUCAGGCUCCAACCAGGAGCUCGACGUCACGACUCAGCUUAACGACGGUGUACGCUUCCUCCAGGCCCAGAUCCAGUGGCCCAGCAACUCGUCGGUUCCUCACUUCUGCCACUCAUCGUGCGAUCUGCUCGACGCCGGCCCCAUCACCGAAUGGCUCACAACUGUGCGCCAAUGGGUCGAUACCCACCCCUACGAUGUUGUCACCAUCCUUCUCGGAAACGGCAACUAUUCCCAUCCGGAUCUUUACGUCCCGUACAUUGAGCAGACCGGCAUCCUCAAGUACGUCUACAGGGCUCCAUACCUCCCCAUGGCUCUGGACGACUGGCCCACCCUGGAGGAGUUGAUUAUCCACGGAAAGCGAGUCAUCAUGUUCAUCGACUACGUCUCCGACCAGAAGAAGUACCCUUGGCUGCUCGACGAGUUCACCCAGAUGUGGGAGACGCCCUUUGACCCCUUGGACCGCAAGUUUCCCUGCACGGUGCAGCGACCCCCGAACCUGAGCGACAAGUCUGCCAAGAACCGCCUGUACCUGAUGAACCACAACCUCAAUGCCGAGUUCAAUAUCUUUGGCACCGAGAUCCUCGUGCCCGCCGUGGCCCUGCUCAAUGAAACCAACAACGUCACGGGCUACGGCAGCUUGGGUCUGGCCGCCAACAACUGUCGCUCUGACUGGGGCCGCGCACCCAACAUUCUCAACGUCGACUACUACAACUACGGAGGUUUCCCCGGCUCCGUCUUUGAGGUGGCCGCCCAGAUGAACAACGUGACCUACGACCGCGGCAGCUGCUGCGGCACCACGAGCUCGGCGUCUCUGACCCAGGUCGCUUCAUGGACCGGUCUGCUGGCGGCGCUCCUGUCGGCGUAUCUCAUGCUCUAG